AUGGCGACAGAGCCCAGUGCGCUCAACAACGCCCGCGAGAGCUCGAAACGCCCCUCACCUCAAGCGCCUGCUACACCGGAACCUCCAUCGUCAACCUUCGCAGAGCUACCGCUCGAACUCCGUCAAUUAGUCUACCAUCAUAUGCUGGUAGACAACGGCAGCGAAAAAGUGAUCAAGGUCGCCCUAAACGACACACAGUUUAGGUCUGAGUCGCUCGAGAACGUCGCCGGGGCCAUUCGCGUGAGCAAGUCUAUCUCGAACGAACUACUGGACUAUAUCUUCGGCAUGUUCGCCUUCUCGCUCAGUGAUCUGGCUCCUUCGAGUUACAGCAUACUCCAGAAGUUCUGCGACCGGAUCGGCAAGAUGAACGUCGAAUUCAUAAAGGAGAUAAUCAUUCCUCAUCUCCUCUCCCACGAUGUCGAUGCUUUGCAGUGGGUCAACUUCGAUGCCCAUUUUCGGCAAACCUCGCGCUGGCGAGUCGACGUAGGCAUAAGCAACCGGAUCUUCGAGCUUCAAUAUAGGAAACUAUUGGACCGCCUGCCUUCCAUGAAACAUAUGAAAGUCGGAUUGGACUGGCCUUGUGCCAUCAACAACUUUGUACAGCCGCAUCGUGAGGACGAGCCUCUGGGUUUGUUUAAGAGUUCAUUCUCGAUUAACAGGCACGGCGUUUCUGUUGCAGUGCACCCCGGACUGUGGUGGCUACUAGCUGAGCUCUACGCCCGGAACGUCAGCUUUGGUAUCUACUGGACAGAUGUUCGAGAAUACUUUCAUGUCUGGAAUUAUGAACGAGUGGAAGCCGUUCUGAUUACCGAGGAAGAAAUGAGGGUGCAAAGGCGGAUGAUUGUGCAGGUGCUGAGUUAUGUUCUUGAGUCGUUCGGUAGCCGGAAGACGUCGAGUGUCUCUGACUUGGGUACGCUACCGGACGAUCUCUUCGCGUAUGGCAUCGGAGUAGAAUACCUCGGAGAUGGGCCGAGGCCGCAGUUGUAUAAAGCCCUAAGUGCGAGCUUACAGUUACUCGAUUUUCGGGGAAACUUCUAG